AUGUGCGCUGCUGAGAUGCUAGGAAUGUUUGUGCACAUUCUAGGACAUGGUAUAGGGAAUAGGCUAGCACAAGAACGAUUUCAACAUUAUGGUGAAACUGUGAGUAGAUACUUUGGUAAAUUACUUGAUAUUGUAUGCCGUAUGGCUGUUGAUAUCAUAAAACCGUUGGAUCCUGAGUUUAAGGGAGUCCCAGAAGAGAUAUUGAGAGAUUCAAGAUAUAUGCCCCAUUUUAAGGAUUGCAUUGGUGCUAUAGAUGGCGUACAUGUUAAAGCCUCAAUACCUCCUGAAGAUCAAGUUGGGAAGGCACUGCACACGAUACAAGAGUAUUUUUAUCAGCGUUAUGAAAUAAUGCUUUAA